AUGAUGAUCACUUUGAUUACCCUUUCUCUCCUUGGCAGCUUGGCUUCUACCAAGGCUCAGACUGUCACCUACACGUCGAAUGCUGCCAACAGUAACUUGCGAAUUCCACCAACCGGCUCCAGCGGAUUAACUGAAUCAAGCAUCUUCGUGGAUGUCACCUUUCCCAUCUGUGAUGUCGACGUUGUGGUGCACAUAGAGCAUACACGUACAAGAGACUUGGACGUUGAUAUCACCCUAGACGCUCCAAUGGGAAUCACUGAUCCUCUUGUUCGGCUGCAACAUGAUGACUGUGGGGGCACUGAUGAUCUUAUUGUUACUUUUGAUGAUUCCGCCACAAUAAGUCUUGACGGAGUUGGUAAUAACCGGGCGCUUUGCAACAACGAUGGAAUAUCUGUUCGGCCAGAAGGGUCUCUCGCUACAUUCAAUGGUUACCCUUCCAGUGGAUUCUGGACGCUAAAGAUUCGAGACGAUCAGGAUCGCAAGCGCGGAGAACUUUUGUCAUGGUCUGUGAAACUCACUCGUUGUGGUGAUGGAGCUGGCACUGGUGAUCCUCACUUCAAGUCCUGGGCUGGUGAGUGGUUUGAUUUCCAUGGGGAAUGUGACUUGGUCUUUAUCAACAGCCCCAAGUUUGGACAUGGAACUGGAUUGGCGGUCCACAUUCGAACCAAGGCUCGUUACGAGUACUCGUACAUUGAGUCGGCUGCUGUUCAAAUUGGAGACAGCGUUUUGGAGGUUGGUGAAUAUGUUAGUUACUUGUUGGAUGGCGUUUCCAAUGCAGAGCUGGAUAAGAUGGAUGACAAGUACCCUGUGACACACACGGAGGUCAACUCCAAGAAACAUGUUUUCACUAUUGAGCUUGGGGAGGGAAAGCAGAUUGUUAUUCAAUCCUUUAAGGACCUGGUCAGUGUAAAGACAGUUGGUGCCAGCGCCGAAGAGUACAAUGGCAGCCAGGGUCUCUUGGGAGAGUUUGGAACUGGCAAGUUGCUUUCCCGCAAUGGAACUGUCAUGACUGAUGCUGAUGCCUUUGGCAAUGAAUGGCAGGUCCGUGAUACUGAACCAAAACUCUUCCAGGCAAACAGAUUCCCACAGCACCCAGUGCAAUGCACUAUGCCUAGCACUGAGAGACUUGGUCGUAUGCUUGGUGAAUCCACCAUUUCCAUGGAAGCUGCUGAGGAGGCCUGUGAGCAUUGGGGAGACAUGAAGGACCAGUGUGUCUAUGAUGUCAUGGCUGCCGGCGACUUGGAGCUUGCCGACGCGGGAGCAUUCUAA